AUGGAUUCUAUGAAAAGCAACACCAACACAUCUAGCUCUUCUCUUGUGAACAAUGCUCCCUCUAAGCCUACUGUCACUACCAGUGGAGCUCAAUGGUAUCAACCCAAACCUCCUGGAAUGUGGUAUGUGGAACUUAUACCUUUGCUUAACUAA